AAGGCGCUGGUUUAUCAUCGUAACAUUAGCCAGCAGCGCGUUGAGAGAAUGGCCGGAGCCGCGGGCCUGUGAGAGACAGAGAGCGGCUCACACUGAAUCAGACCGAGUCCCGGGCCGAGAGACGCUCGCUUAUCGAUCCGAGUGAAGCUGCGCGAGCUCCAGGAUGUCCAGCAGCGGCUUCGCGUCACAGAACGGCGCAGGAGGCUCGUACGCGAACGGUCCGUCGCAGAACCCCGCUGGCGUUUACCCCUCUAAUCAGGGCUUCAUGGCACCGCCGCAGCCGGGCUACAUGAACAACCUGCCGACCAAAGGCCCUCCGCCGCCAUCCGGCCCGAGCCUCUACGGCGGCAGCCGUCACCAGCCUUCCCCCGUCGGCACGCCCGGCGCUCUGCCCGCGUCGCCCAACCACAUGAGCGGCCUGUCCGGCCCGCCGCAGGGAUCGGCCACCCCGCCGCCCGCCAACAGCUACUACCAGCACCCUCGUCAGCCCGGCUGGAGCGGCGUCACACCGCCGCCGCCUGUGGGGAACAACGCCAGCCCCGUCCCGCCAGCCAUGUACCGCAGCGGCACCAGCACACCUCCCGUCUUCCAGAACGCUAUGCAGCCGCCCGCACCCUCUGUGAACAACGCUGCUAUGACCGCUCCCCCCGCGCUGAAUGUUAUGGCUCCCCAUCAGACGUACGGCCCUCCGCCCUCAGUCGGACCUCCUCCACCGGCCGCCGUGAGAGGGACGCCUCCUCCACCCGUCCCGCCGCCGCCGCUCGCCACGCACAGCGACGGAGUGUAUCCCGCUCAGCCCGGACAGAUGCACAGGCCGGUGGGCAGCUCUUACCCCUCACUACAGCCGGCCUAUCAGAGUGUGCCCGGCGUGCAGACGACCCCUCAGAUGCCCCCUCCUGCGCAGAUGCAGACGCAGCCACAGCCGCAGCUGUACCCGCAGCCGUCGGCCGGCAUGGCUCAGUUGAGUCCGUCGUUGGCGUCGUUAAGCCUGCAGUCUCAGACGCCAGAGGCGCUGCGGGUCGUCAACCUGCUGCAGGAGCGCAGCCUCCUUCCUGCGGGAGCCGUGACGCCGCCCACGCCGUGUCUGCCGCAGGACCUGCAGAAGCUCAACUGCAGCCCAGAGGUUUUCCGCUGUACUCUGACCAGCAUCCCGCAGACGCAGUCUCUGCUGAACAAAGCGAAGCUUCCUCUCGGCCUCCUGCUGCACCCCUUUAAAGACCUCUCCCAACUGCCUGUGGUGACGUCCAGUAAUAUCGUUCGCUGUCGCUCCUGUCGGACGUACAUCAACCCGUUCGUGACCUUCGUGGACGCUAGAAGAUGGAAGUGCAAUCUGUGUCACCGAGUCAAUGAUGUUCCAGAGGAGUUCAUGUAUAAUCCGGUCAGCAGAUCGUAUGGAGCGCCUCACAAAAGACCCGAGGUCCAGAACGCCACCAUCGAGUUCAUCGCCCCGUCAGAAUACAUGCUGAGGCCGCCGCAGCCCGCCAUGUACCUCUACGUCCUGGACGUGUCUCAUAACGCGGUGGAGACGGGAUAUCUGGAUGUCGUGUGUCAGUGUCUUCUGGACAACCUCGACUCGCUUCCCGGAGACGCUCGGAUGAAAAUCGGCUUCAUCACGUUCGACAGCACCAUCCAUUUCUACAACCUCCAAGAAGGGCUGUCACAGCCUCAGAUGCUCAUCGUGUCAGACAUCGACGAUGUGUUUUUACCGACGCCGGACAGUCUUUUGGUCAACCUGAACGAAUGCAAAGAGCUGGUGCAGGAUCUGCUUUCGAGUUUGCCGCAGAUGUUCAGUAAGACGAUGGAGACUCAGUCUGCUCUGGGUCCGGCGCUGCAGGCCGCCUUCAAGCUGCUGUCGCCCACCGGAGGACGCAUUUCUGUCUUCCAGACGCAGCUGCCCACCGUGGGCAUCGGCGCCCUCAAACCCAGAGAAGAGCCCAACCAGAAAGCCGCCGCCAAGGACGUCCAGCAUCUCAGUCCUGCCACGGAUUUCUAUAAGAAACUGGCUCUGGACUGCUCCGGUCAGCAUGUGGCGGUGGAUCUGUUCCUGUUGAGCGCACAGUACUCCGAUCUGUCAUCUCUGGGCUGCAUAUCCAGAUAUUCGGCGGGAAGCGUCUUUUUCUACCCCUCCUACCACAAACAGCACAACCCGUCUCAGACGGAGCGUCUCCAGAAAGAUCUCAAGAGGUAUCUGACGCGUAAGAUCGGCUUCGAGGCCGUCAUGAGGAUUCGCUGCACUAAAGGCCUGUCCAUACACACCUUCCACGGCAACUUCUUCGUGCGCUCCACCGAUCUGCUGUCUCUGGCCAACGUGAAUCCCGACGCCGGCUUCGCCGUGCAGAUGUCCAUCGACGAGAACCUGCUGGACCUGCAGGUGGUUUCCUUCCAGGCCGCGCUGCUCUACACGUCCAGCAAAGGAGAGCGGAGGAUCCGCGUGCACACGCUGUGUCUGCCGGUGGUCAAUUCUCUGUCCGACAUCUUCGCCGGAGCUGACGUUCAGGCCAUCACCGCUCUUCUGGCCAGCAUGGCCGUGGAUCGCUCCGUGACGGCCAGCCUGAGUGACGCUCGUGACGCUCUGAUCAACGCGGCCAUCGACUCGCUGGCGUCCUACCGCACGUCGGUGCUGAGCAUCCAACAGCCCGGCCUGCUGACCCCCGCCUGCCUGCGUCUGUUCCCGCUCUACGUCCUGGCGCUGCUCAAACACAAAGCCUUCCGGACGAGCGCCAGCACCCGGCUGGACGAGCGCGUGUUUGCCAUGUGUCAGCUGAAAUACCAGCCGCUGGCGUACCUCAUGAUGAUGGUCCAUCCGGGCCUGUAUCGCGUCGACGACCUGACAGAUGAGGGGGCUCUGAACAUCAACGAUCGCACGAUUCCUCAGCCCAGAGCGCUUCAGCUGUCCGUGGAGAAGUUGAGCAGAGAAGCGGCGUUCCUCAUGGACUGCGGCACAGUCAUGUAUCUCUGGAUCGGAAGAAACUGCAGCCCCGUUUUCCUCACGCAGGUGCUGGGAGUGGAGAGUUACGCUGCCGUUCCUCUCAACAUGAUUCAGCUUCCAGAGCUGGACACGGCCGAAUCGGCGCGACUGCGAGCGUUCGUCGACUGGCUGAGAGAACGCCGGCCGUUCCACGCCAUCCUGCACGUCAUCAGAGACGAGUCUCCGCUCAAGCCUGAGUUCAUGCAGAACAUGAUCGAGGAUCUGAGUGAAUCGGCUCUGUCCUACUACGAGUUCCUGCUGCACCUGCAACAGCAGAUCUCCAAGUGAGCCACGGCGGCGGGCCGGAGCGGUCAAUAAAGUGGCGUCUGUGUCGCACUACGGCUGUGUGUGAGGAGUGAUGCUUGCGUCUGACACGCGGGUGACGUCGCGUUCGCCCGCGUUUCUCGGCGCAGACCCUUUCUAAUUUAUUGCCUUUUACUAAAAAACACAAAUGUAGGAAAAUGGUUUCUUAUGAAUUUCUUACGACCUUUAUAAUUAGUGCGAUUCAGAACGAGCGCUUUCUAAUUCGUGCCGUUAUUGUCACAGGUUCAUCUGUCGGAUCUUCAGGUCUGUCUGUGCUCUUCAGUCCUUGUUGUAAUUUAUGAGGAAGGCGACGCGGUCGAACUCGAAAUCUGCCUUAAGCGGGACUCGUGCUAAUGUUCGCUGAGAGGAAACGCUCCGUGAGACGUGACGUUUUACGCGGCAAAUUCAGACCCUGUGAUCUUCACACAUUAUAGAAACGUGUAUAUUGAUAAACCUAUAUUCUAUUCAAAAGAUUAAUUUUAGUAAGAACAUUAUUCAGAUGAUGCAAGAUGAUAAAAUAAACUGCUUGGGACUUUAUUAUUAUUAUUAUUUUUUUUUUCCAUGAAGAGAUUUUUAAGAACUGGCUAAAUCUAUGAAAGCUUUAGGUGAAGUGAUCAGCGGCGGACAUUAGAGAAGCUGACGGUGUGCUUAAAGCUUGAUCUAUAAUCCAAAUACAGAGAUUCCUCUGCCGCUCGUAGAGUUUUAUGUUAAAUGGCAGGUUGUGAAUGGAGAUGAAGGCGAGAGAGAACAGUAAUCUGAGCGGUCUUCAGUCUCGGUCCUGUUCGCAGAUGUUUGUUCAAUAAUCCAAUCCAUCAUGCAGAGGAAUAUUUUUUUAUAUUCAAGAAAUCCUCUCGUUUUCUCUGCGGUUGUUCGGCUCAUUUUAGCACACGAUGACAACUGUGUUUUUGAGAAAUGAUUUGUAAAUUCUCUGCAAUUUUGUACAUGUGAACUCUCUGAAUGAAUGAAGUCAUUAAAGGGGAAGUCUCGUGUGAGCUCUCUUGAACCUC